AUGAGGUUGUGCCUUACACCUCGACAAAGAAGGCGGGUUUUAAACUGGAUAUUAUUUUCUGUUGGUGUUUUUCUCUUCAUAACAUGGAGCAGAGAAGGCGCCAAGUUGUAUGAAGCACAAACUCCUGUAAUGAAACAUGUGAUUCCCAACUACAGUAUCCCACGAGUUGGUCCUGGUGAAAAUGGCGAAGGAGUUUACUUAGAAGGAGAGGAAAAAAAGAUUGCUGAUGAACAAAUAAAAACGAUGUUUAUGAAUGUUCUGGCAAGUGACAAGAUCUCCUUAGAUCGAAGUAUACCGGAUUCAAGGUCAAAAGAAUGUUUGGCGCUCUCCUAUCCAAAGAAUUUGCCAACUGCAUCCGUGGUCAUCAUAUUCACUAACGAGUUUCUAUCAGCUGUUCUCCGUACAGUGCAUUCCGUCGUCAACAGAACGCCAUCGGAACUGCUAAAGGAAAUAAUACUUGUUGAUGAUGUUAGUGACAGAGAGGAACUCAAAGAACCCUUAACUGAACACCUGAAGCGCUUUGGCUCAUUGGUGAAACUCAUUAGAUCUACUGAAAGACUUGGCCUCAUCAGGGCGAAAUUGCGAGGCGCUAAAGAGGCCAGUGGAGACGUACUCGUGUUCUUAGAUGCUCACUGCGAGGCAAAUGCUGGGUGGGCAGAACCAUUGCUGGCGCGAAUCAAGGAGGAGAGGACAGCUGUGGUCUGCCCGAUAAUUGAUUCGAUAUCAGAUAUAAAUAUGGCAUAUCUGGGUGGUUCUCAUGGAGGAAUCGGUACAUUUUGGUGGUCUUUACACUACAGCAUGGGACCGCUACCAAAAAGUGAAAUAGAACGUAGAGCCAAUCCUCAAACGGAUUACAUUAGGUCGCCCACGAUGGCUGGCGGUCUGUUUGCUGCUAAUCGUGAGUACUUUUUUGAAGUGGGAGGUUACGAUGAAGAGAUGGACAUAUGGGGCGGAGAAAAUCUAGAGAUUUCAUUCAGAGUAUGGAUGUGUGGAGGAUCGAUCGAGUUGAUACCAUGUUCUCAUGUUGGUCACAUCUAUCGUUCUGGGCACCCAUAUGACAUGACAGGCCGCAAUAAUAACAAAGAUGUCCAUGGAACAAAUUCUAAGCGAUUGGCAGAAGUUUGGAUGGAUGACUAUAAAAGGCUUUUCUAUGUUCAUCGAAUGGGUCUGAAGGACUUGGACGUGGGAGAUCUGACAGAGCGAAAAAAGCUUCGAGAACGGUUGCAAUGCAAAUCGUUCAAAUGGUUCUUAGACAAUGUUAUACCGCAAAAGUUCAUUCCCGAUGAAAAUGUUUACGCUUAUGGGCAUGUAAAAGGAGAGAAUGGACUUUGUUUGGACACACUUCAGAGGCUGGAAAACAAAGGCACCGUAGUUUUGGGUGUAUUUUCGUGUCAGGAAGGAGGCAGCUCAGCACAGAUGUUCUCCAUUUCCAAAGAACAUGAACUUCGAAGAGAAGCUACUUGUGUCGAUGUUGGAAGUCCAGUGCGGCAUGGAGUCUACAAGGCAGUCUUGCAAGAAUGUGAUGAUAAAAACCCAAUAGAGUUUGAACAUGAUCAGAAUGGUCAAAUUCGUCACAAGGGACGCGGGUUGUGCCUGGAUGUUGAAAACGUUUCGUCUGGAGGAGAUGUGCUGUUCGCUCGCUGCGUACUAGACAAAGCCAGCCAGCUGUGGUCGUUUGAUAAGUAUUUUGAGCUUCAACACUAAGUUAGUUCGUUUCUGUAUUCACAAUUCGAAUCACUUUUUUAUACUAAGCAAUAACAGAGUAACGCUGCCGGUGAAGUUAUACUUAUCUUGAAGAUUGAAUUGCAUCCGCCCGGCCCGUAAAACUCUGCGGGAGGAUUGAGUCAUCUUUAUUUGAUCAGUGAUGUUGUUUU